AUGCUGUCUUGGCGGUACCAGCCUCUACAUUGGUGCCUCUUGACGGUGACAAUUCUUUUUAGACGUGCGAUUGGUCAAGAUCUCGAUAAGUUCGACAGAUGCAAGAUCCGCCUUGAUCGCAUCUUAAAUGGCACCGAAACCUUCGGCGCAAUUAACAACGACACAGUCGCCCCAUUCUUGUAUACUGGCCCAGUGCGGGGCAUGAACAUCGAGUAUGCGCAGACGUCGAGAAACAGCUUCACCACGCUCACGACCCAAGUCAUCUGCGAAGAUCCUAUCGACUGGUAUUGGACAACGGACAUCUCUCGGACUCUUAGCAUUAUCUCUAACUGGAUCCUUCCGAUCAUCGCAUUGCUUGCUGCCCUCCCUUACGAUUCGCUCCAUAAUAGGAACCCCCGAGCACCUUGGUAUGAACGCAAAUUCUGUAGGACGGUCGGCGCGCUACUGAAUUGGCUCGGAUCUCCACAAACUGCUCUUACUGCGACGUUAUUUAACAUCCAUCAGACUCGAAAAUGCUUCCACGAAACUCUGCCUUCGGGUCAAGGCAUAUCUAGGAAUCACGCCCUACAGCCGCUAAAGAAGGAUGCAUACUAUAUUCUCUGUUGCAUAGGCCAGUUCAAGCUUCUACACCUAGACGACCCGGACCGGCAUUUUCUGGAAACCCUGAUAUAUGGCCUAUUUAAUCCUAUAUGUAACAUAAUCGAUAGCAAAAGGAUCCAUAUCGACAAAGUCGAGCCCCAACAGAUAAGCAAUCAACCCACACCAGAACAAAAAGCCACAAGAUGGACCAGACAACUCCUCCAGGAAAUGGCAUUUCAUUUGAGAAUGCUGCAGCGCCGAGGGGUGUAUCCGACUUUUCUCAGCAUAUUCCUCUUCUUCAUCGCCUACGCUGUCUCCGUCGUGCUGGCAUUUGCGGACAUUGGCGAGAGGACGACGACCUACUCACUCGCAUUCGGUAUUCUUAUCAGCUGGUUUCCACUAUUUAUCUUAUUCUCCAUUCUCGAUCGAAAUCCCGUUUCUGCAGAUCGAAGCCGGAAGUCCAUAUCUCGCUGGAUGUGGAAUGUAGAGGCAGUAAGAGAAUGGGUGGACAGUCAGAACCCGCCAGAGCAUCCGAAAUGGUGGUCACAAGGGAGAGAGGAGGCACCAUGGAAUCAAGGCUGUGCCCAACAGACUAGCUUUGACAGGUGCAUCUCAAACUUCGUGGGCCAAGGAAGGCAAAUCGGGUACAACGGGCUGUCAUACGCCGUUCUGAACAGUGUAUACGAUAGCUAUGGUGACAGUCGCCGAAUGCGGCCACUCAAGACCAUUGUCGAUCAGUCCAAUAUAUGCCUUAACCGUUGCCGUCCUAGAUCCUGGUGGGCGCUGUCCUUAAUCUCCCUAGCGCUCGUCUAG